CUCCGGCAGAGUCGGAACGGGACGCCCGAACCAGGAGGCCGGGUCGGGGCGCGGGCAGAGUGGCCGCCAAUGGCGGCGGGUUUGUUUAUCCCGGGGAAGAAGUUAAGCGGCAGAAGAGAGGUAGGAGUGCUGCGGGGAGGAGGAUGCGGCUCAGUAGAGGCGCCCACCGCAGGAGCUCGUCGCCGCCCCAGCCUCGGCUCCCAGGGCCGCCCAGGGCCCGCUCGCCGCCCCGCGUCCGGUUGAAUUACUCAAGUCUGUGGGAUAUUGUGUAAAUCCUAAGGCUGCAGUAAGUUGGCAAUGUCUCAGGAACCUACUCCACCUUUGCCUAGAGAUAUGUCUACUAGCCCUGUCGCCGAAAGCUGGUGUUAUACACAGGUUAAAGUAGUAAAAUUUUCCUACAUGUGGACCAUUAAUAACUUCAGUUUCUGUCGAGAAGAAAUGGGUGAAGUGUUAAAAAGUUCAACAUUUUCUUCUGGCCCAAGUGACAAAAUGAAAUGGUGCCUGAGGGUAAACCCAAAGGGAUUAGAUGAUGAAAGUAAAGACUACUUGUCCUUAUAUUUACUUUUAGUCAGCUGUCCAAAAAGUGAGGUUCGAGCAAAAUUCAAAUUUUCUCUUCUGAAUGCUAAAAGGGAAGAAACAAAAGCAAUGGAAAGCCAAAGAGCAUAUCGAUUUGUGCAAGGGAAGGACUGGGGAUUUAAAAAAUUCAUUAGAAGAGACUUUUUGCUUGAUGAAGCUAAUGGUCUUUUACCAGAUGACAAGCUUACUUUAUUUUGUGAGGUGAGUGUGGUCCAAGACUCAAUUAAUAUAUCAGGGUUUACUAAUAUAGAUACCUUGAAGGUGCCUGAAUGCCGAUUAGCAGAAGAUUUAGGUAAUCUCUGGGAAAACACAAGAUUUGCAGAUUGCUGCUUUUUUGUGAGAGGACAAGAAUUCAAAGCUCAUAAAUCUGUGCUUGCAGCUCGGUCCUCAGUUUUUAAUGAAAUGUUUGAACAUGAAAUGGAAGAAAGCACAAAGAGUCCAGUGGAAAUAAACGAUUUAGACCCUGAGGUUUUUAAAGAAAUGAUGAGAUUUGUUUAUACAGGGAAAGCACCAAAUCUUGAUAAAAUGGCUGAAAACUUGUUGGCAGCUGCAGACAAAUAUGCACUGGGACGACUGAAGGUCAUGUGCGAAGAAGCUUUGUGUAGUAACCUCUCAGUAGAAAAUGUUGCUGAUACCCUUGUCCUUGCAGAUUUGCACAGUGCAGAGCAGUUGAAAGCACAAGCAAUAGACUUUAUUAAUAGGUGCAGUGUACUUCGACAACUUGGGUGUAAGGAUGGGAAAAACUGGAACAACAACCAAGCAACUGACAUAAUGGAGACCUCGGGUUGGAAGUCCAUGGUUCAUUCUCACCCUCACUUGGUAGCAGAAGCCUUCCGAGCACUAGCGGCUGCACAGUGUCCACAGUUUGGUAUUCCACGCAAACGGCUAAAGCAGUCCUGACUCUUCAGUGGACAGAGGAAAACGGAAUGACACUCUCCUUGGUCCAGAAGGAUUCUGAUACACAGACAAUAAGCAACAGCCGUUUCUGUUUCCUUGUCCACACAGCAGAAACUGGAAAAGCAGAUUGCUUACAUAGCAGGUGGAUAAUAUACGAUUUAUACUUCAGCUUUAAAUUAGACUGAUUAAUUCACUUCAAGGCCUUAAAUUAUCUUCAAUGACUUGUUCCUAUAAUAGUUUAAUUUUUUUAUUGUGCCUUGUCAUUUUGGCCAAGGCUAUGCAGGAUUGCACUAGCUCCAUAAUGCAGUAAUAUUGAUAACUGAGGAUACUAAGUUUUAAAAGGGUCUUCUGUUACUUUGGGGGGAAAAAUGAAUUAUUUUAGGGUUGUCCUAUGUGAUCUUAAAGCUCAAAACUAGGUUCUUCUUGUAAGCACUUGUAUUGCAGAUUACCAGAUUUCUCCAGUCUAAGUUCUAAAAAUGAAAGAGCGUUGUUUACUUUAAAGGUUAUGGCAAUACACUGCUUCAAUUUAGUUUAUUUUUUGUUUGAGAGGGCAGAUAUGCAAUAAAUUGGAUAUUAUUGAAUAUGCAAUUUAUUGGAUAUGCAAUAAAUUGGCCCAAACUUUCAGUAAAAUUUAUGAUGUUUUUAUGUUAAUUGCUUCAAGCUUUCUGCUUGUUUAUAAUGAUUGAGAAAUGAUUAUAAAAUUUCAGUAAGAAAAAAGCAUGUUUUUGCUAAAGUAAUCUUAAUUCAUAACCUACAUUUAUAUGAAGAAUUCAUUACCUGUUAAAAGUCAGGAUGACCAAAUGUACAUUUAAUGACUGGGCCAAUUAAGAAAGAUACAUAUGCACUUUUAUUGUGUAGCUUUUGUAUACUGGAUGGUACAUAUAUUGUUUCUCCUUUUGAGGGGAUUAAUAAGGUAGAAUUAUGUUUUAACUUUUAGAAGAGAUUUUAAGACACAUGGCAACCACCUAGGAUACUUUUGAUAAUGGAUAAAAAUAUGCUUGAUUUGGACUUUAGAUAGUCAUUUUUUAAUUUAUUGCUUUUUUAAUCAUACCUUGGAAAAGGCACCUAAAGAAUAAUUGAGUCUGGACAAUCUACUUUUCCUUUGAACAAUAAAUGGAUAUCAUUUGCCUGUGGGCAGCACACAGUAAAGGAGAGAGCCCUCUUCAAAAUAUGCCAGGCCGUAUUAUGAAACUGUUUUCUCCUUUGUGUUUCAGUUAUUGUGCUGACCUUGAGGAUGAUCGAAAUUCCGUACAAUGUGAACAGGAUAAACUGUUUAUAAACUUUUUCACAAGCCAAUUCUUUAUUAUAAAUUAAUUUUAGCUUUAAACACACACAAAUGCUUAGUGUUUGAUACCUGUGAGUUCUGUUCUGGUGCAUUGUCCUGGAGUGGUCAGUGUCAGAUUGCCACAUGCAGUAGCAUUGCUAGUGUGCUUCUUACACAGAUCUAUGUUGGACCACAAGGAAAAAGCAUGUCACUGGAAAAACAGGUGCAUAAACCUGGAUACAUAACUUAAUUCUCCAGGUUUGUGUGUAAUUUGUUCAUUUAGUUUUAAAAUUGAGGGUAGAAAUUAAAAAUUACACUUACAGUUUUUAAAUACAUUUUAUUUUUGCUAUAUUUUUAACUUGAAGCAAUUCUAAAAUAUUUACAUUGAGAAAAAUUGUCAAGCAUUAGUUGUCGAUAGCAAACACGUUUGUAAAGAUCAUAUUUUCAGAUAUCUUAGUUUGAGUCUUUAUUGUAGUAACUUAAAUUUAAAAUAGGAAGACUUACUUGGACUAGAAGAAAAAUGUUUAGGUGGCAGGGGGGGUGUGAAAAAACAUGACAAGUAGAAAUUCACUUCCUUAAUUCUACCUUAAUAUGGAACCUGUUAAAUUUACAUUGUACAGUAUAAAAACACACGUGUGUGUAUGUUUUUAGUGUGAAAAUUUCCAUGGUCUUAUUAAAUUAAUACAUUUUUAAUUAGAAAAUUUCCAUGGUCUUAUUAAAAACAAAAAUUCAGUCCAGCUAUGGAAUUAUGCUUUUACAUAUCAUAAAAAUAAUGAUGUCUGUGUAUGACACAGUGUGAAUUAACUCACUGCUUCAGUCUACAUUUCUAACUACAGUGAAUUAAAUUCUUCAGCUUGCCUUUACUCAAGUGUUUAUUGAUAAUUUUCAGGAUUUGUUAACACAGUUUGUACCAAAACUGUUAAACACUGUGCUCUAUGAAUAUCUGUGUUUGUAGAAAUGUUCACUUUUCAGAAAAUAUAAUGCCUGCCAUUAUACUAACAGAAUCAUAUAGUGGUUGAUUUAUUUUUAUUUAUUAUAUAUUUUGGUAGUAUGGGUUUUUGAGGAAGUGAUAAAAGGCUGUUUAUUCCUAUCAGGGUGCUCUAACAGCCUUUUCUCAUUUUAAAAUUAUAUCCAUUUGGUUAAAAGUAAGCUCAGUUUCUGUCUAAUCUUCAUUACCAGCUUGCUCCUGUUACUCUUUGGACACCUAAAAAAGGCUUUCCCCAGAAUGAUUUUAAGCAUUGAAAUUCAGAAAGAUCACCAUUGCAGAACCUACUUUAAGAUUUAGAAACACUGCUCACUCUAUGUGUCUUUUUCAUUUUUAAAAAUUUUUAAUGUGUUUUAUAUUUGGAGCACAAAUAUGAAGGUGCCAUAGUAUGGCUUGCUAACAUUACCUCCUUAAAUGCUCAUGUGUUUUUGUCUUCAAAUAGUAAUUGGAGAACCUUGCAUGAAUUAUAUGGUCAUUUGAGUGAAGUUUGUAUGAAUGUGUAUAUCUCUGUAUUUACUUGGGCUGUGUGUGGUAUGCUCAAAAGAGUGGAUUUCUGAAAAUAGAGCUUAGCAUUUAAGCUCAAAGUUCAGGUUAGUUGAAGUAUCUCAUUUAAGUGUACUAUAUUUGAGGGAAGACUAGAUUGCCAGAAAAAAGUGUAAUCCUAAAGAAAUGUGACCAGCUUACUACAUGGUGAAAUAUGAAAACAGUGCCUUUUUAGAAUGUUAGUUAUAAUUCAGUUAUAUUUUCAAAUCUCUUAAUAGCUGUCAUGAACAUUACUGUUUGACUUUUAAAGUAUAUUGAACUGAGAGCUUAAAUUGUCAAAAAUAGGAUUAUUAAUUUAAUUUAUCAGUUUAAAAUUUUGUACAUAAGUUUAAAUUCUAAGCAGAUUUUUAAAAAAUAAAUUGUCAAUAAGGACUGUGAGUGAAGCUCAGUCAUAGGCUGCUUAGAAGAUUUAUGAGGCCCUCAGUUAGAUUGCUAGUCCACAACAACAGAAACAAAAAACAUCUGGAUCAUGGAGACACCCAGUGUUUCAAAAAUAUAACAUGGACUUUGAUAAGUCUGUGAAAAUCCAACUCAGCAUACUUUGAUAUUAGCCACAUAAAUUUAAAGAGGUAAACUCAUGGAUAAAAUGAAAAUAUUCAUUGUAUUCUUGAAAGGUGCAUAAGUGAGUGUGUGGGUUUGCUAUAGUGUCCUCAGAAUAUAGACAGCACUUUGAGCACACAUGAGAGUAUUUUGCAAACCAUUUUUAUAUGCAGAUUAUGAGUUCUGCUUUAUUUGUGGAAUGAUAUAAAUUGUAGGUCCAAUUGAACAAAUACUGAGUGCCUAUAAAUGCAAGACUUUUUCACUAGGAAUGAAAGCACACUGUGUCUUUGUUGGUAGUAUGUGAACGUUAUGUUUGAAAAGGAAUACUUAUAUAUAAAUUUUUUGUUAUUAGAGCUUACUGAAUAAUAUAAUUUUGCAUUUUUUAAAAUGAAGCAUAAUUGAGUUCCAAAUAUGGAAAUAGAGUUUGGCUAAAAUUAUUUUAACUAUUAAUUCUGAAGAAAGUUGGCUUUCUAGAUCGAAAUGUAUAAAUACUUAACUUUUCAGCCUUGUUUUUAAUCAGUUGACAUUUUUGAUGAGUUACAUACUAUUUGUAUCCUGAUGCUGGAAGUAUAUUUUGCAUUUCAACACACUGGGUUAAAAUAAAAUUGUUACUACUUAUUCAGAA